AUGACAUCUCAACACUGUCGGAGCGUGACUCCGCCACUCUCGCGCGCGAGUUCAACAGAUUUAGUGCCACAAAUGUCCCCGGACUUGUCCCGGCAUCGUGGGAUGUCGCCGGACCUAUCUUUAGACUUCACACGCCACAGACCGCUGUCCCCGGAUUUGUUAGACCGCACGCUGUCUCCCGAUCUUCCGAGACGCUCACGAUCUCCCGCCCGACCUAGAUCGCUAAUGGAGUCGCUAUUAGUGGCCAAAAUGGAAGCUUUAAGCACCGGAAGGUUGGUGCGGACGGAUUCGUUAGACAGCUGUAGCAGUUUUGGUUCAAUGUCGUCGCUGCCCAGUGAUGUGUGCCGUUGUGAUGAUUGCCUGCUGGGAAUAGUCGAUUUUUAUCUACCGAAUCCGAAUGAUUUUAAUAGGACUUUGAGAAAGGUAUGUAAGAGAAUUUUUACCCGUAUAAUUAUAGUAUAA